AGCUCAUUUCAAUAAAACCCUGAUUCCAAAUUCGGAUUCGUCGGGUUCAAACCGUUCUCUCGCGUCUUUCGGCUAAAGAUGCCUCAGUUUCGGCGGCUUCUUUCUCUUCUUGCUCGAAAUCAGCCUCAAACCUCUCUUUUCAAAGAACCUCCUUCACCAGCACCAUCCUCUGCAAGUGUAUCCUUGGGCACUAGGUAUGACUUUUUUAGAAGAUGGCUCCAGAAUCAACCCGAUCCUUCCGGCCAGGCUAAUGAUAACACCGAGAUUCGAGAAGCUGACAGUGUAAAUCCUGCUUCUUGCUUGGCUAAUGUACCUUCUGAGACGAACGGUUCUGCCGUGAAGCAUACUGCCAUAUCUAACUUGAAAACAUCGGUAAGGCACGAUCUUGCGAUGAUAUUUACGUGCAAAGUCUGUGAAACACGAUCUGUUAAGACAGCUUGCCGUGAAUCGUAUGAGAAAGGUGUGGUGGUGGCAAGAUGUGGAGGGUGUAAUAAUUUACAUCUGAUCGCCGAUCGGCUUGGGUGGUUUGGUGAACCCGGAAGCAUAGAGGAUUAUCUAGCUGCUCGUGGCGAAGAAGUGAAGAAAGGCUCUGUUGAUACCCUGAAUCUAACUCUCGAUGAUUUAGCUGGAAAGGGAGCCAUUUAAAAAGGGAAAUAUAAAAGUGAUGAGAUUUC